AUGGGUAACCUGCCGUCGCUAAAAGUGUAUUUGAGACAGCACGACAACGCUGUCUCUAAAGGGUAUGGAGAUGGUCCUGAAGAUGAAUUAGCAUUAGAAGCCAGUGGAGACUACACAAGGAAAGUGGGUUACAUUAAAAUUUCCGACUACAACAAUGACACCAAAAAUGGGAAAUCAUCAUCGAAUAACACUCUAAACAAUAUUUGGUAUCGACCGGAAGAGACAUUCCCAGUGAACGGAACUCUAGAAGUUUGGCAACAUGUCUUCUUGGUUACGGUAGACGAUCAUUUCUUUUCACUUGCAAAAAGACUCGAGGGUAUGAAGUUGGGAAGAUGUGUAAACUCUACUUGUUUGCCAAGAACACCUAUUGUGACAAGGGUAACAAGGGGGAUUAGUGCUAAUGUUUUCGUCAAUAACCGGUCUUAUCGAGAAUUUCUCUUCUCCAAAUUUAAUGCAACCGCCAUCGACAUGGAAAGCGCAGCGGUGGCACUAGUCUCCCACCAGCAGAAGAAGCCUUUCAUUGCAAUCCGAGCGCUGUCUGAUUUAGCCGGUGGUGGUUCUUCUGUGUCGAAUGAAGCCGCUAUCUUCGCCUCGUUGGCUGCUCAAAAUGCAGUUGAUGUUCUAGUUCAGUUCAUUACUUUAUUGUCUUAA